UGCGCAACGGCUAUAAUCAAGCGGAAUGUGGGAUGGCACUUAGUUUCGUUGCAUGCUAACACCCACAACUGUGUGCUAAUGCCAGUCUCGCAAUUUUGGCAUUCGACAUAAAUUGCGAUUCUAAACAACCUUUGCCAAAUAUAGUGUCAGAUGAGUAUAUUAUGUUAGGUCGAAAAAUUCAUGUUAGGCGGAGGUAUAAAAAUAGUCAGUAGAGGAAGAGAGAAAGUCUUUCUCCUCUUCGUUUCUCUUUCUUCAUUUAUAAUUUCGCGGUGGUGAUUGUCGGAGCUCCGGUGUUGUCCUGCAUAGAACUUUGGGAAUCCAGCCUCUGAUCUGCCAUUCACGGCGGUGAUCCGAGGCUGGACCCGAAAUCUGACAGACGCCGAUAAUUUUCUUCACGUUUGGCGACGACAUUUGAAUUGUUGUUGUUUUUAUUUGAUUUGAGGAAAUGGGAGAGGAUUGUCACUCGUGAAGUCCAGACUUUGAAGGAAAUCACAAAGCUUUGUAAAAUUUAGGAUUCAGAGGUUUAAAGAUGGGUGUUAUGUCGAGGGAAGUUUUGCCAGUCUGUGGCAGUCUCUGUUUCUUCUGCCCGGGGAUGCGUGCGAGGUCUAGGCAGCCUGUGAAGAGGUACAAGAAGCUAAUUGCAGAUAUUUUUCCUCGUUCACAGGACGAAGAACCAAAUGAUCGAAAGAUUGGAAAACUGUGUGAAUAUGCUUCUAGAAAUCCUAUGCGUAUCCCAAAGAUCACAAUUUCUCUUGAGCAAAGGUGUUACAAAGAAUUGCGAAAUGAGCAGUUUCGACUUGCAAAAGUUGUCAUGUCUAUUUACAGGAAACUGCUAAUUUCCUGUAAGGAGCAAAUGCCGCUGUUUGCAAGUAGUUUACUAAGCAUCAUACAGACUCUGCUUGAUCAAACAAGGCAGGAUGAAAUGCGCAUUAUAGGAUGCCAAACUCUAUAUGACUUUGUAAAUAAUCAGAAGAACGGUACUUACAUGUUCAACUUAGAAGGCUUGAUCCCCAAACUUUGUCAGCUAGCGGAAGAACAAGGGGAGGAUGAGAGGGCACAUCAGCUUCGUUCAGCAGGGCUUCAAGCCCUUUCUUCGAUGGUUUGGUUCAUGGGUGAAUACUCUCAUAUAUCAUCUGAAUUUGAUAAGGUUGUUUCAGUAGUCUUGGAAAAUUAUCGUGGUCCUAAGAAAAAGUUGGAGGAUCUCAGUGAGAAGCAAGGGGCCCAAAAUCAUUGGGUGCAAGAUGUGCUUAAGGUAGAGGGUCAUGUCCAUCCUCAGCCAGAUGCCAUGACUUCUUGGAGGAGGAUUUUGAAUGACAAAGGCGAAAUAAAUUUGAGCAUGGAAGAUGCCAAGAGCCCCCAGAUUUGGUCCAGAGUUUGCCUCUACAACAUGGCCAAGCUAGCUAAGGAAGCAACAACCAUGCGGCGUGUUUUGGAAUCCUUGUUUCGCUAUUUUGAUAAUGGCAAUCUUUGGUCUCCUGAAGAUGGGCUUGCUCUUAUUGUAUUAUCGGAUAUGCAGCAGUUAAUAGAAAACUCUGGCCAGAACACAAUUUUAAUGUUAUCUAUCUUGAUAAAACACCUUGACCACAAGAGUGUCAUUAAAGAAACAGACAUGCAGCUAAAUGUUGUAAAGGUUACUACCAUCCUUGCUCAACACUCAACUGUUCACUCCUUUUUAGCAAUAAGUGGUGCUGUUAGUGAUCUCAUAAGGCAUUUGCGGAGAAGCAUACAUGGCUCACUUGAUGAUUCAAACCUGGGAUCAGAAAUUAUUAAUUGGAACAGAAAUUUUCAAGCAGCAGUAGAUGAGUGUCUUGUGCAAGUUACAAAAAAGGUUGGAGAUGCAGGCCCUGUUCUUGACAUAAUGGCUGUGAUGUUGGAGAACAUCUCAACAAUUACUAUUAUUGCGAGAACUACAAUUUCUGCCAUUUAUCGUACUGCCCAAGUGGUUUCAUCUGUACCAAAUUUAUCAUAUCAAAACAAGCAGGCGUUCCCGGAGGCAUUAUUUCAUCAAUUGCUCCGAACUAUGGUCUAUCCAGACCGAGAUAUACGGGUUGGAGCCCACCGCAUCUUUUCUGUUGUUCUUGUCCCAUCAUCUGUUUGCCCUCGUCCUUGCUCAGCUUCUCCUGAUAUGUCUAAAAAUAUUGAUUUCCAAAGGACACUCUCGAGAACUGUUUCUGUCUUUUCUUCUUCAGCUGCUCUUUUUGAGAAGCUGUGGAGGGAGAAUAAUUCCUUACGAGAAAUUUCUGGUCCAGAUGCUACAGACAAGGUUGUUGGUGAAGGGCAACACAAAAUGAAUAGUGAUGUGAUGCUGCACAGAUUGAAGUCAUCCUACAGUCGAGUUUAUAGUAUGAGAGGUUCCCCUGCAUCUCUAACUACAGAGGAAGAAGCUAUUAGCAAUUCCAAGAAGGAACUGGACCCAAUUUACCUUCGAUUGAGCAGUCGCCAAAUUACUCUUCUGCUUUCAUCACUUUGGGCACAGUCAAUUUCUCCUGAAAACACACCUGAGAACUAUGAAGCAAUUGCUCAUACUUACAGUUUGGUGGUGUUGUUUUCUCUAGCAAAGAACUCCAGUCAUGACGCUCUAAUUCGAAGUUUCCAGCUUGCGUUUUCCUUAAGGAGCAUUUCUCUUGGAGAAGGAGGUCCACUACAGCCAUCACGUCGCAGAUCCCUUUUUACCUUGGCAACAUCUAUGAUGAUCUUUUCAGCAAAUGCAUACAAUAUCCCUCUGAUUGUUCCUUCCGUUAAGGCAUCCCUUACAGAUAAAACGGUUGAUCCAUUCCUAAAUUUGGUUGAGGAUUGGAAACUACAGGCUGUUAAUACUGGGUCUGACCAUCCAUUCAAAGUUUAUGGAUCAAAAGAUGAUGAUAAUGCUGCCUUGAAGUCUCUUUUAGCAAUAGAAAUAACUGAGGACCAAUCUAAAGAAUCCUUGGCUACAAUUAUAGCAAAGAGUUUGGAACAUUUGUCAGAGAACGAGUCAUCAACUAUAAGAGAGCAGUUGCUCAAUGAAUUUAUUCCUGAUGAAAUGUGUCCAUUGGGAUCUCAGUUGUUCAUGGACACAGCAGAGGAGGCCCCACCACCAUUCACUUCAGAGGAGAGCAAAUCACUUGAUGAGGUUAGACUUCCAAUUCUUACAACAGAUGAUGAUACUCUUCCUGUAGGAUUUGAGGGUCAAAAAGAUCCAAAUUCGCACAUGGGCAUGCAAGCAUCAAUUCUCUUGAGUGUUGAUCAACUUCUAGACUCGGUUUUGGAGACAGCCAGUCAAGUUGGAAGAUUCUCUGUCUCAACAACACCUGAUGUACCAUAUAAGGAAAUGGCCAAUCAUUGUGAGGCCUUUCUGCUGGGAAAGAAACAAAAGUUGUCCACUUUCAUGAUUUCUCAGCAGAAACAGGAAAAUUUGAUGAGUUUCUGUUUACGGGAUUGUAACAAUGAGCCAAAGACGAUGCCAUCUCAUCCAUCUCAUUCACAGAUUGGUAAUCCUUUCCUUGACCAGAAUGUAAAUGCUAAUCUUCACAAGCCAGUAGUUGGCACUGGUCCAAUGUUGUGUGCAACUGAGUUCCAGCAGCAUCCCAACUUCUACGGACUGCCACCUUCAAGUCCAUAUGACAACUUUCUAAAGGCUGCUGGCUGUUGACAGCAUAAUAAAGAAGACACUUUAUUUCUUAGGCUAGGCAAGGAACUAUUAGCCUUCAGACUGCCUGCUUAAUGCCAGGCCGAAAAAGCUUGAGAAUAUACACUGCUCAUAGGCUUUAAGCACCAGGUGUUUUCUAUGAUCAGCUUUGCUGCCAAUUAUCAUCAUGAAGAUAUACACUGUUGUAUUGAAAAAUCAUUGAGAUGUUCCCUUCAUUCUUCUAUUCUUUUUUCCUUAUUUUGUAAUUCAUAUUUCCAUCCUGGGGGCAUGUUCCUGGUUGCUUCCCCAAGAUGACUUAGAAAAAUGUUAUCCAUCAUUGCAUGUAUAUUAUUUUAUUUAUUGUUCCCAGUGUUCUUUUGAAA